AUGCUGCCGCCAAAGGACGUGCCGCGGCCCGACCUCGAUGCGGGCAAGUACGACUGGCACUUCAAGAAAUGCAGCACGCCCCGCGUGGCAGAGGUCCCGGUUUUCUACCGGUCUGGCGAUCGCGCCACCACUGUGAGGGCCGGCCCGUACUGGGGAGGGGCGGUCAAGAUCGAGCGUCAGCAAGUGCCGGAGCUGACCCCUGCCCUCAUCCGCCGGAUCAAGCAGGCCGCGCUGGCCGCCGCGCCAGCUGCGGUGCCGGCCGGCGCGCGCGCGCUGCGGGACACUGUGGACGCCCUGCGCCCUGACGGCGGGAAGUCGAGCGGUUUCAUCCAUCCUGGUGGCUACGCGGGCGCUGAGGAGCUCGCCUUGCUGCGCGAACGCCUGGAGGGCGGCGCGCCUCUGCAGGCGGCCGCCAAGGAGAGCCUGCUGACGCCCAUGUGCGCCCAUUACGCCUUUGUUGAGAUGGACGCGUCGAUGGCGUACCGCAACGCAGUGGCUUACGCCGCCACUGGUGACGAGCGGUACGCGUCCCAGGCCAUGGACUCGGUCAUGGCCUGGGCGAGGACCAACAAGGCGUUCGGCAUAGAGGAGCGGAACGGGCCGCUUGAGGUGGCGUGGGGCUGCAGCGCCAUGGCACGUGCCAUGGACCUGCUGCGCGCCACCUGGCCCGGUUUCCGUCAGGAGCACCUGUCCACCUUCAUGUCGUGGGUCAGAACCGUACUAAUGCCGCAGAUGGAUUACUACGUUGACGUGCUGAACCCCGGCCUGCUCGAGGGCCGGGCGAAAGAGACGGUCUGGUACGGCAACUGGCCGGCCACCAUGAGCGACGCGAUGAUGGCGGUCGGAGUGCUGUCCGAUGACAGGCCGCGGUACGAGCGCGGGCUCGCGCUGUACCGCGCGACAGUGGAGGGGUACCUGAGGUGGGGGCGGGGGCGGUACGCCAAGGGCCGCAUGAUUGGGGAGACCACUGAGACUCUGCGCGACGUGUACCACACGCUGUUCGGCCUCGGCAGCCUCAUCCAAGCCGCCGAGACGGCCUGGGGUCAGGACACAGACGUCUACAGCGAGCAGCGCUACGCGCUCGCCGCCGCCAUGGAGCUGCACGCGCGCAUCAUCAACGCCUACGAGAGCAGCGACGAGGGCGCACUGCCGUCCGGCUUCCGGUUCUUCGAGUCCAUGCCACAGGCGCCGGAGGGCUGCGCCUGGAGUUGGGACAUGUACUCGCAGUCGUGGAGCUCGCACCCAAAAAGCGGCCACAGCGGGAAGUGCGGUGCCCUCAAGGACAAGUAUAAGUACCUGCUGGGCAUAAAGUACCUGCCCAACGGUUUCGAGAUCGGUUACAACCACUUUGUGGGCCGCCUGGGCAUGAAGAUGCCUGAGACUGCCGCGCUGCUUCGGCAGCACCCCGUGGAUUGGUUUGCGUUCUGCUGGGGCCUGGGGACCCUCACACACGCCGGCACGGCGGAGCAGCUGUGGCGGGCGGGGGUCGGGCCCGCGACGCUGUGCGCCAAGGAGCCUCGCAAGCCUCAGCCCAAGGUCAAGAAGGGGAGCUCCAACAAGCGACCAUUUGUUUCGUAG